AACUCGCAAAACAGGGAGGUUUAAAAAGGCAGUCAUGAACCAGGGGCUAACUCAUUCACACCUGAUUUCUUCCCCGCAGCAUCUGAGGUGGUUGUCAGCCAUGAUUGCUGUGUGGGACAGGUUGGUAUGGUGGGGGCUGCUGCUGCUACCAGCAGCAGUAAUGAGGCUCUCUGAAGCCCUUUCGGCACAAUGGCUGCCAGGAGAAUACGCAAACACAACCUCUGAUGCUUUAAGGUUCAUCGGUGAUUACAACAGCACUGCUGAGGAGGUUUUUUCCUUUGUCGUGUCUGCUGGCUGGAACUUCAACACCAACUUAACAGACCACAACUCCAAACUUCAGGUGAAUGCCUCCCUUGGGCUUGAGGCCUUUUCUGAAGCCUGGGGGUUAAAAGGCAAGACUGUCUUUAGUCCAGAGAUCAUUGACUCUCUUCCUGAUCCUAAGGACCAAACGCUUAUCAGGGGCAUCAUGAUGCUGGGUUUUGCUAAUCUUCCCGAGGAUGAAAGAGAGGAGGUUAACACCAUUCUCAGCAACAUGAGUCGCAUUUAUUCCACAGCUAAAGUUCAUCCGCAGCCAAACGUGAGCUGGAGUCUGGAGCGUGAACUCAAAGAGAUCAUGGCCAAAUCCAGGAGCUACGAGAAGCUGCUGUUCGUCUGGGAGGCCUGGCGCAAUGAGUCUGGAGUUCCUCUGAAGCAGCUCUAUACAAGGUUUGUGGAGCUCAGCAACAAAGCCUCCAGAGCCGAUGGAUUUGCAGACACUGGAGCUGACUGGCGAUCCUGGUAUGAGAGUGAAACCUUUGAGCAGGACAUGGACAAGCUCUACAAAACCCUCCAGCCGCUCUAUCUGCAUCUGCACGCCUUUGUGCGCCGCAAACUCUACGACCUAUAUGGUUCCAAGUACAUCAACCUGAAAGGACCAAUCCCUGCACACCUGUUGGGAAGCAUGUUUGCGCAGAAAUGGAACCACAUUUAUGACCUGAUGAUCCCAUUUCCCGACAAACCCAACCUGGAUGUGACUGAUGAGAUGGUCAGACAAGGCUACAAUGUUACACACAUGUUUCGAGUGGCAGAGGAGUUCUUCACCUCCCUAGGGUUGAUGGAGAUGCCAAAGGAAUUCUGGGAAGGAUCCAUGAUUGUCAAGCCUGAUGAUCGAGAAGUCGUGUGUCAUGCGUCGGCCUGGGACUUCUACAACCGCAAAGACUUCAGGAUAAAGCAGUGCACCAAAGUCACAAUGGAUGACUUCUUCACUGUACACCAUGAAAUGGGCCACAUCCAAUAUUUUCUGCAGUACAAGAACCAGCCAGUUGGUUUUCGUAGUGGUGCUAACCCUGGUUUUCAUGAAGCCAUUGGGGAUGUCAUAUUCCUUUCUGUUUCUACACCAAAGCAUCUGCACACGAUUAACCUGCUGGGAUCAGGAGACGCUGAUGAAGAAACUGACCUGAACCACUUGUUGAAGAUGGCGCUAGACAAAAUAGCUUUCCUUCCCUCUGGCUACCUCAUUGACCUCUGGAGAUGGGAGGUGUUUAGCGGAAGUACCCCUCCAGAGAGGUACAAUGCCGACUGGUGGUACCUCAGAACCAAAUAUCAAGGAAUCUGUCCGCCCAUCAGACGGACAGAAGAGCAGUUUGAUCCUGGGGCAAAAUUCCACAUCCCCAACAACACCCCAUACAUCAGGUAUUUUGUCAGCUUCAUCCUCCAGUUUCAACUCCAUGAAAAAUUGUGUGAAGUGGCCAAUCACACGGGUCCUUUGCACACAUGUGACAUCUACCGCUCUAAAGAAGCCGGAGCUAUUCUGAAGAAAAUCCUUGAAGCUGGCUCUUCCAGGCCUUGGCCUGAACUUCUCCAUGAGGCUAUUGGCACCAAUAAGAUAGAUGCCAGCUCGCUUAUGAAAUACUUUGAGCCUUUGAUGAAAUGGUUGGAGAAACAAAAUGUAAAUGAGACCUUGGGAUGGCCUGACUUCAUGUGGGUCCCACCCAUCCCUGAAGGAUACCCUGAUGGGGAAUAACUUAAAGUUGAAAAUUCUUUCAUUGGUGUUUAAUUUGCUGGUAAAAAGAUAUAUUUAUGUUUUGUGUAGAGUUUGUACAAAUUAGAAUUUCUUCGAUAAAAUUGUCUGGGUUGUAUCCACGCUGCUUGAAUUCAUUUUUCAUCAGUUUUAUGAAUAUUUUACAAUUGUGAAUGCAUAUGUAGUUAAUUCUUUCAAGAAUGUGAGCUUUCCUGAUUUACAUGAAUUUUCUUAUGUCCUAAUAAAACAUUUAGUCAAAA